UUGAUGAUGAACCACACUUGGAGAGCGGACGGAGACUUUCAUCCGUCCGUCUCCGAAUUCCAAAUUUCCAACAACAAUUGCAGAGUUGGAAGAAAAAACAAGAGUGGAAGAUCUGGAGAAGAAGCUCGCACCUUCAGAAAUCUGACCAAAAUGAAUAAAACAACCAUUUACGCUUGGCUUGUAGCAAUUGUUUGCUUCGUUGUUUUGAUGAUUGUUACCCCUUCAAUCCCUCAGUCGCAGGAGUACCAUGAUUUCGCCGAUCAUCGCCGAUUUCUCGGUAUACCUAAUGCUCUUAACGUGGUCUCGAAUUUUCCCUUCUUGGUUAUCGGUCUCAUAGGCCUUGUCCUUUGUUAUCGUGAGAAUUACUUUAGGCUGAGUUUGCAAGGUGAGCUUUAUGGUUGGACUUGUUUUUAUAUUGGCGUGGCUCUUGUAGCCUUUGGCUCCUCGUAUUAUCAUCUUGAGCCAAACGACGCACGCCUUGUUUGGGAUCGUUUACCUAUGACCAUUGCAUUCACUUCGAUCAUCUCAAUCUUUAUUAUUGAAAGAAUUGAUGAGCAGAAGGGAACACUGUCCAUCGUGCCUUUAUUGUUGGUCGGUAUAGUUAGCAUUUUAUAUUGGUGCUUGUUUGAUGAUCUACGCCCAUAUGCACUUGUCCAGUUUCUUCCUUGUAUUGCUAUUCCAUUAAUGACUAUUUUAUUACCUCCAAUGUAUACACAUUCCACCUACUGGCUUUGGGCUGCAGGGUUUUAUUUAUUAGCAAAGGUAGAAGAAGCUAGCGAUAAACUGAUAUAUAAUUGGACGUUUCAUAUUGUUAGUGGUCACACGCUCAAGCACUUAUGUGCUGCUAUGGUUCCUGUCUUCUUAACUUUGAUGCUUGCUAAGCGAACAAUUGAACCAGAAAGGCAGAGUUUAUAUAGGAUUUGGAAGGUGUCAUGGAUGAAGGUCAGAGAUGAUAAGACCAAGGUUGAGGCCUCAGCUUGUUCCUUCUCAUCUAUCCCUGUCCAAGAACCACAAUAGUUGUAUAAAUUCUUGCCAAGCAUAUUUAAACUUCGACCAAGUAAAUAAUGCACUUGUAUAGUUGUAUGUAAACAUUAAGAAACACCACGCAAAACUCAGCAUAUAAGAUUUUGAUCAUUAAUGGAGUAUAGGGUAAAUCGUAGUUUUUGCCAUUGAACACUAACUUAUCAAUGGAUAAUAUUGUUUUAAAUA